CAGCAGCCACGUCUGAGCACACGGCACCAACUGUGUCGUCCAGUAAUCUAAGCGCCUUCUGGAAAAGCUUCACAAGUCCGUCCAUGCGUUUGCCGCGCAUGCGUACCUGCGUACCAGUUAUGUGUACCCCUGCUUGACAAUAAAGCCUUGUUUACGUUUUUAAAACCUAGAUUUUAGUUGUUCUCUUUUAGUCUUAAUGCAAACAGAGAGCUUUGGUUCACACUCCAGUUAAGUAGGCGGCGGUAAUGUACCGAUUACCGAACACGAGAAUUGCCAUACGUCAUUAAACAAAAAGAAGAAGAAGAAGAAGAAGAAGCGGCUGCUUGUCUCACAAAAAAUAGUCGUAGAAGAAGAAGAACACAAACACAUGAGCUAAACUAGCGGUUCUCCGUUGCUCUCUGAUUGGGAUGAAUGUACAUCAAGUGAAAGCUACUGUGAUGUGAGACCUGCCAUGGACUGUCUGCAGAGAAGAGCUCGUGAGGAUUUAAUGCACAUCUGUUGACACGCGGUCAGUCAGUGAUGGCUGUCAACUCCCUGCUGAGAUGCUCCAUCAGGCUGCAGAGGAAGCGUGUAGCCACACAUUUAGCCCAGCAGAGAGCGCUGUCGGGGGCAGAAGCUGUCACUGCUCUCAGACCCUUUUACUUUGCAGUCCAUCCUGACUUCUUUGGUCAACACCCCGUGGAACGGGAAGUCAAUGAGACUUCAUUGAAGAGGCUGAAUAGCUAUCUGGACCACCUGCAGAAGCCCGGCUCACACUCAGUCCGGCCAAUGAAGCUCACUUUUUAUGUCAGGGACACGAAGGACAGCAGCGAUGUGCAGCCAGACCUCCUGGCCUCAGGGUUCCGCUCAGUGAGCUUCACCCUGCACACAUACGAUGUCCUGAGCACGGUGUGGAACGUGUUGAAGUCCUGCAGCCUGCCCACUGAGCACAUGAAGGAUCUCAAAACAAGUGUAGAGACAUCUAAGAGACCACCUGAGGGGGGGGGGGGGGCUUUCUACAGACCUAUUCGAUGGCAUAAGAGCUACUACAGCUUCACUGGAUUCAAAGACCCGGAGCAGGAGCUGCAGCAGGCCAGGAGGGUGGAGCCCACUCUCAUCUUGUGGCUGAGAAACAAUGAGCCUGAGGCCACGAAGAAGAAUACGGCUAGUCUUCCUCGGAGAGAAGAGCUGAACAGACUGAAGAAUGAACUUAGUCGCAAAUUGGAUCUGUCCGACAUCAGGUGGCAGCGCAGCUGGGGGGUGGCCCACAGGUGCUCUCAGCUUCAGAGUCUGAACCGGCUGUCCCAGCAGGACCCCGGGGCCCUUAGGAACCUGCGAGGACACACGGUUAUGUUUGCUGACCAGUCGGGGUUGAACGCCUCUGGACACAUCAUGCUGGGAACCAUGGACGUCCAUCACCAGUGGACCAAAAUGUUCCAGCAGCUGCCCAGCUACCACAGCCUGCUGCAGCAGAGCGACUGGCUGAAGGAGAGGAUCAGCCUCCUGCUGGGGGGGACUCAGGUGGUCCACAAGGAGAGGCUGGGCCCCAUCCAGCCCAUCACCGAGCACUACAGCACACUGAACACUUUCCACAAGAGCCUGAUAUCCCGCCGACUCCGGCUGCACCCCCGCAGCAUGCAGGGCCUCAGCAUGUUGUUAGAGAUGACCGCACUAAUCCCAGUCUUCAUGAGAUGGGGUACUUCAUCAUCCCUACCACCUGCGACCCCCCCAAGCUGCAGGUGUUCCUGCAGAGACACGCCCCUGAGGCCAGGCAGCGCACCCAACGCAGAAAACCAGCUGCAGGCGGAGGAGGCUGCUGUGGUGAAGCUCUGUCUCCACAACCUGUCUCUGAGUAGUCUGUCCAAAGAGCCCAGUGUGAGCUCCAGUCAGAUGAUCAUGUGCUGCAACAGGCUAGUGGCGCGCGCUCCCCUCAUGCAGGGCCUCCACAUCUGUGUCUCUCAGUUCUACUCUGUCAUGCAGGACGGGGACCUUUGUGUCCCCUGGGACUGGAAGAGCUGAGACUCGGUCCAUGUGCUGUUCAGUCUCAAGGGAAACCUUUAUAUGGUUAGUGGUGCAGGCGAAUCCAAGUAGAGCUCAAUGCUUCCCCACCUGAGGGUAAGGACCUCUCAAUGACACGAAGAAGAAAGAUACAUUUAUGCUGGAUAGAAUUCUGUACUUCAUCCAUCCGUCCAUCUUCUACCGCUUAUUGGGGGAGGAAGGAGUUCCAGCAGAGGGUCCCAAACGUCAUUUUCCCUGGCCACAUCAACCAGCUCUGACUAGGGGAUUCCUAGGCGCUCCCAGGUUGUCCCUCGGUCUCCUCCCAGCUAGCGGCCUGGAACAGGUGGCAUCUUUACCAGGUGCCCGAAACACCUCCUUUCUAUGCGAAGGAGCUCUACUGUGGAGUCCCUCAGCAUGACCGAACUCCUCACCCUAACCUCAGGGAGACGUCAUCCACCCUCCAAGGAAACCCACCUCAUCUGGUUUCAGGCAUGUCUUCUGUUUUUCUUAAAUGUUUGCUUUUCUUCUUGAAUACUGGAGAAUUGUAACUCUUCAGGAAUGAUAUCAAAAAUCCAAACCAUAGUGUUUGCCUAAACUUUAAGGUUUCGGAGGCAUUAACUUGUGCAGUUUGACAGAGUGAGUAUUUUUAAUUGUUGCGUUGAGUGCACUGAGAAAUGAUGGUACUUUAAAAGAAAUAGUUUGUACAGAGUUCUCUGUUCUGAUGCCCAAUAAAACACUAAUAUAACUACA